AUGGCUGACCGUAACGCGAAGCCCUCUGCCGACGAAGCUGCCUACAACUUCGCGCUCGUGGCCUACAAACAUGGGCUAGACCAAGACACAUACACCGAUCGCCUUCUAAAAGUCCGCAACAUCGGACGCAACAGUCUCGAAACAGAGACUACCAAAGGUACCGAGAUUGGAGUGCCCGAUCUGGCUCCAACCGUAGCAGAGCUUGACAUCCCUGACAACUUUGCCAAUGUCGUCCUGUGGGUCGGUAUGCGCCCCGAAGACGCCGAAAGAUACCAGGCCAAACAGUCAAGAAAGACUACCGCGGCCAACGAAGACGACGAAGAAACCGAGCCUCCUACACCAGGCGCAUCCGUGGCUCCCAAGAAGACUGGUCUGAGUGUCAGCAACAUCAACACACCAACCGUUCUUGAGAGUGACCCUGAAGCUCUUCGUGUUGUUCUUGAGUUGAAGGCUGGAAGUGGCCAGAGACAGUUCUUCGUUCUGGUCAACCCAGACGCUGACGGCCUUUGCGACACCUACAAGAUCAAGAAGGAGAGCGUCUUCUUCUUCAAACAAUUCAGAGAUGACAACCAGGGUGUCGUAGAGAAUCGUCGUACCGGAUGGCCCAAACUUGCCCAGCAACAUGUCGAUCGUAUCCUCAACACCGGCCCUGAGACUACCACCAAGAAAAAGAAGUCUUCGCCGCAGGACAUCGAGGUCCCCGCUCCCAUGAAUCUUGCCAACGACCUUGCCUCGCUGGCUGUCCUGUAUGACAACACCAGUCGGAAUGGUGAAAAAGUCGGACCUCUUCAGCAGAUCCUUGAUCUGCUCCUUGCCGUGGACAACGGUGACGCCAGAUAUGCGCCUCCAGUUCAGAAUGCAGCACUGUGCACCAUCCUGGCCAUCACCAAGGCGUUCAGUCAGGAGCAUGCCAGACAAGCAAAGGAGGAGAUUGAAGCAAUGUGGCCCGCUCUCCUGGAACUCAACAUCACCGUUCAGGAUAUGACCAGCCUCGGUAACGCCCUUCGCGCGGCCGAUCUCACCAUCGAGCACCGCCUUGUGCGUUUCUUCCUUGUCUGUUUUGUGGACAUUCUCCAUUCAACCAUCCAGCAUCCAGAUGAGGAGUCUUGCGUCCUUUGGGCCAAGGAGGCUCAUAGGCUCGCUCGACUCGCAGUCGGCAGUCCUGACAAGGAGCCUCGUGAAGUCAAGAACAGAGACUUCAUCACCUACGUCGACGCUCUGACUCACACCAUGAAGAGCCUGCUAAAGAGAAUGGAUCUGCAUACUCAGGCUCUCAGCAAAUCACAGGGUAGUGGUGCUGUGCCUCACGAUAUCGACAGUAUCUGGGAGCGUUUCAAGGCCAAGCCUGACCUGGACUCGGCUAUUCUGGCCGCAACAUCAUACCACAGAUACAAUGUUGCCCAGAUCAUGCUUCGCGACAAGGACAUUUCUGAGCGCUUGGAGAAGAUUGUUGCUCAACUUGAGGAGAUGAGUGUGGGCCUUAAGGAACUGGACGAUGAAGAAGACGAUUGA